AUGUCGGUCGUCGGGGAUCCAUGGACGGUGCCCAUUGCCCCGACCCUGACGCGGAAGCAGCGGAGGGUUGAGCUUAUGCGAUCAGUACGAAGUCUCUUCUUCACCGGCGACUACUCCGACUGCACCAUCAUCUGCGGCAAUUAUGAGCUCCGCAUGCACAAGUCCAUCAUAUGUCCGCGCUCGCGUGUUUUUGCCGCCAUGUUCACCCAUGGGCUCAAGGAAAUAGAAACAGGGGUCGCGAGGCUCGACGACGAGGACCCAGAGGCGGUCCGCUCUCUUCUUUACUACAUGUACCACCUGGAUUACCCUUGUCGAGACUCGUCGGGCCUUGUCAAGGCGAACGAUGGCGAAUCGGAGGUCGGUGCCCCAGACCCUCUCAUGUCUCCAAGAAGCGAAUCGGUCAUGUACCCUGACGCACCCAAUCUCCUUCACCACUGCCGUGUCUACUGUCUAGCCGACAAGUUUGAUGUCGGCUCGCUGAAAUCUCUUGCCGCGGAGAAGUUCGAGGAGGAGGCUAUCAACUACUGGGAUCACCCGCUGUUUAUCGAAGCUGCACGGGAAGUGUACGCGACGUCGCCGACAAACGAUCUGGGCUUGCGGAGUGUGGUGGUUGCAACUCUUCAAGGCCAUCACCAGCUGCUCGAUACUCCAGGCGUGCAGGGGCUGUUGAGAGAAUCGCAGCUUGCUUUCGAUUUACUUAUGGACUCGCGCCGGAAAGGAGGUCUUUAUCAAUUUUGA